CCCCUGGCCCUAAUUCCUCUGUUCCAUGGGCGAGGUCACUGUGAGCAGCCACCGAUCGAAGAACCGGCGUUGAAGCGGCCGUCGUUGAAACACUCGCCGAGCCUAGAAUUUCUGUGUAAAAAUUCUAGUAUGACGAUUGUCUAAUCUGAACUCUUCACUGCCACUGCACAAUUCAAGCCAAUGAUGGUUGCCGGUGAGAUCACUGCACCCAAGGCCGCAGCACUACCUUUCCUUUGCAGCCUGAGCCUGUUAGUCGUGCACUGGCUAGCGCAGUAUUUCUACUCUUGGAGUCUCGUCACUCACACCUCUGAAAUCCUAGGCCUUUACCUGAUUGUUCAUGGAACAAUCAUGAUCGGCAUGUACAGCUUGGUCCGGCGAGAUCGGCAACACUGUUCGUAUUUUAGGGCAGUAGUGCGUGGACUGUUGGGGUUCCCCAUAGGGGCUCUGGUAAUGGCAUUUGGAGCAAUUGUUUUAGGUGCACCAGUAGGGAUUCGAUACUUGACUAGAACAGUCUAUUGGUCUCUUUUGAUGUCUCUAUUCACGUUUGUUCCUCUGACAUGCACCUUUGGCUCAUCAAGUGCGGAUUGGCAUCGUAUUUUAGCACAUUUUAAACCAGAAGAAUCUCUUGAUGCUUUGGUUUCCCUACCCGCAUAUGGAAGUGUUAUAGGUGCAUGGAUUGGUGCUUGGCCAAUGCCACUUGACUGGGAAAGGCCAUGGCAGGAAUGGCCAAUUUGUGUCACCUAUGGUGCUGUUGCUGGAUAUUUAGUUGGAGCUCUCUCAUCUAUGGUGUUCGUUCUUAUCCAUGGUCCGGUUCAUGUGAAAGAGGACUAACUUUCUUUGGGAUUUCUAUCUUUUUUUCAUGGAAGAUGAUUCCACUGGCUGUUUUGAGUGACAUUUAAGGUUCAUUACAGGUAUAAUUGGUCACAUGCAUGCCCUAGAACUUCAUGAAAUACAUGAUUUAGUGUAUUGGAUGCAUAUAUUUUGGCGUUGCUGUUUUCUGAUAGUUGAAAUGUGAAUGCUCACAGAGAUAAAAUCUGUUAUUAAGGUUCACUGAGUUUGGCUUCA